AUGGGGUGCUUUUACUCGAAAAAAUCCAAGCGGAAGUCGUCGGAAAGAGAAGACCCGACAACAACGACGACGCUGGAAACUACGACGACCAGCAACGCUGUUCCCCUUGGCAACAACACGGACGAGGCGGCACCGAAACAGUACAGCUGGGACAAGAGAGAAAAGGUGGACCCCAAAGACUACAUGCUUACAGGCCUCAAAGACGUGACAGCGGGUCGCCUACCCGGGAAGCUGAACGGUCAACAGUUUGUCAUCCAGGACUGCCACAACUGCGACAUCUACGUGUUCGACCACGCGGCGGCCGUCACCAUCGACGACUGCGUUAACUGUCGCAUCGUGCUGGGCCCCGUCAAGGGCAGCGUCUUCUUUCGGGACUGCAAGGAUAUCCGCUGCGUGCUGGCAUGCCAGCAGUUCCGUACGCGGGACUGCAAAAAAAUGGAGGUGUUCCUGUGCUGCGCCACGCAGCCCAUCAUCGAGUCAUCCACGGGUAUGAAGUUUGGCUGCUUCCAGUACUACUACCCCGAGCUGGCCUUCCAAUUCAAGGACGCCGGUCUGAGCAUCUUCAACAACAACUGGAGCAACGUACACGACUUCACGCCCGUGGCCGGCGAGACCAACUGGAGCCUGCUGCCCGAAAGCGCCGCCGUGCUGGAGUCGGUGCCGGCCCCCAGCGCCGACUCCGACUUUAAGGGGGUCCGCAUCUCGGCGGACGUGUCGCGCAGCAUCGUGCCGCUGACCAAAGGAGGCCGGCGUAAGGAUAGCGAAGAGUCCUGUCUGUUUGUGUUCUUUGCCGGAGAGUACACCACCGCCAAUGCACGCAAAAUGAUCGACGAGGUGACCGCCAAAGAUUUCGUUCUGAUCCAGACCAAAGAGGUGUCGAUGCGGCCCGAAGACGUUAAGCGUGUGUUCCAGAACAACGCCGAGGAUCUCGUGGAGUCGAUCAGCAAAGGUCCCGUCAUCGCUCUGGAGCUGAAUGGUGACGGCGUUGUGGAAGCCUGCAAGAACAUAGCCAGCGAGGUGUUCGCCGGCACUAAGGUUUUUGUCUCAGACAACAAGAACACAUCAUCUCGUGACGUGGACAACUUCUUCAAUUUUGCCGACAUGCAAAUGGGCUUGUGAGGCUUCAGGUCUGUACAUAUUAGGACGCAGCUUUGUUUGGAUGCACUGCUACAAUCUAUGUGGGCCACACACCAUCCAGACCUACUGCUGCUACUCCUGCUUUCAUAACAAAACCUCAAGCUGGAAUGUUUGACCUGACGAAGGAGCUUUGAAUGUAUAGCGCGGCCGCCCGAUCAUGUUAUUUACACAAUCAAUGCUGUCUGCAUUUUUUUUUUUUACCAUUUGCUGUUUGUUAGCUGCUGCCAUUAGAAGUGGCACAAGUACUCACAUUGUGUACAUAUUUAGAAGUGCACACAAAAAAAACCAUGGAAAAAUAAUAAUCGAUUUAACCCCUUAAGGAAACGAAACCAGAGUCUGAAAUGCACUUUUGUUGGUUGCGACUUUCGGCGAGUGCUAUCAGGCGUCACAACAAUGAGUUAAAAGUAAUUGUUACUGCUGCUCUCUUGUUGGCUCUCCCCACAAAUGUAGAUUUUUGGUCUGAAAUAUUUAAGGUUGUCGGCCCAAUUCGUUUUGGACGAUAUAGUAUAGUAACUAUUUGUACUUGGUUACCUGACACUACUGGUCAACGUGUGCUUGGGUGUAUAUUUGUAAUUUGUAUUUAUUUCUUAAUGCUUGCUUCUGUCAAAAUGUGAACGUGGAGCACGAAUGUUGGUUCUUUCACUGCCUGGAACAUCGGGAGCACAAGAAUGCCUCAUAUUUAUGUAUAAAGAUUGUCACGCGGGUGUACGAUACUUGAGUGUACGAUGGAGCGCACCUUUACCAUAAAUGAACGCGUAUGCUGUAUUUGUCGGCCAUCAUUUGAGCAGUCUUUUUUGUAUCGUGUUUUAUAUGCUUUGUUACAUGUUUUUGUAUAGAGACCAAUUGAUGUUUGAUGCUGAAUGUUUUUUUUUUUUUUUAAAUAAAAGUUUACAUUUGUGA